GUACAUGAAUAAGUCAGUCAAAAUCAAAUAGACAAUAUUUAAGAUUUUUGCGCAAAAUUCAAAAUUUCCUUUUCAGAUGGAAGCCGGUUUGUUCGCUUCCACAUUAGGCUGUUGCUGAUAGUAUCCGAUCAACGGACAUUGAGUAUUCUGCCUAGACAAUGGUUUAUAAAUACUUGUACUUCUUUGGUGAUAGUCGUAGUAGUUCUUGAAGUUUCACCGCUGUACAGUAGAACUAUCUUGACGUUAGGAAUUCAGAUUUUUACUUUGAUAUCGGUUGACAGUUGUUUUGAGUUCCAUAUGUUCUUUAACUGUGGGAAUGCUACCCUUACUUUGCCGAUCCUUGACUUUACGUCUGCAUCAGAUCAUCCUUGUUCAUCUAUGAUACUGUCCGGGUAGGUACGUGAAAGUUUCCACCUCUUCCAGAGUUUCUUCAUCAAGUGUGAUUGGACUGGUGUUCUCUGUGUUGUAUUGGAUGAUUUUCCUUUUUCCCUUGUGUAUAUUGAGGCCUACUGAUGUAGAGGCUUCUGCUACACUGUCCGUCUUGACUUUCAUUUCUUGGUGUGCAUGGGAUGGGAGAGUUAAGUGAUCUGCGAAGUCCAAAUCGUCUGGUUGCAUCCAACCUGUCCAUUGUAUUCCGUGCUUCCCCUCAGAUGUCGAGGUUUUCAUAAUCCGGUCAACCACCGGAAGAAAGAGAAAGGGUGAGAUUUAGGCAGCCUUUUCUGAAUCCGGUCCUUACUUGGAAUGCGUCUGUCAGUUGUCUCUCAUCCACCACUUUGCAAUGUGGUCCGUCGUAUGAAUUCCAGAUGAUGUUGGUGAUCUCAGCUACUCACUCCACAUUGUCGAAAAACGUUCCAUAAGGUCCUCCUAUCCACACUGUCAAAUGCUUUCUCUUAGUUAAUGAAGUUGAUGUAUAUUGACAAGUUCCAUUCAAUUGAUUACACAAAGAUGAUCCAUGGUGUGGCGAUUCGGUCUAUGCACGACCGAUCCUUGCGGAAUCCGGUCUGUUGAUCUCGAAGUUGAGUGUCUACUGAAUCUUUCAUCCGGUCCGAUAGCACUUUGUUAAGAACUUUUCUUGGUACCGAUAGCAGUGUGAUGCUUCUGUAGUUCUCACACUUGCUCAGAUCUUCUUUCUUUGAUAUCUUGAUGAGGUAUCCUUAUCUCUAGUCUGUCGAUGGGACUUGUUCUUCGUCCCAGAUCUUCCUGAAUGGUGUAUGAAGCAUGUUUUCAGUUGCUUCUGUGUCUGGCUACAGUUCGUCAGUUGGUUUAUUGUCAGGUUCUGCUGCUUUCACACUCUUGAUUUAUCUGAUGGCCAUUCUGAUUUCUUCGAUCGUUGGUGAAGUGACAUCUAUCGAAAGGUUUGUUUGUUCUGCUUUCGAUGUCCGGUGAAUUCAGUGGAGCUGGUCCAUUCAAGAGUUUCUCAAAGUGCCCUACUGAUCUGUUCCUCUGUUUUUGAAUCGCAGUACUUGGCUUGCCUUCCUUGUCCUUGACCUGUCUCUCUCGUUUACCAUACUUCCCUGUUAGUUUUGUUGUUUGAUGUUUCCCCCAAAUGCCCUGGUACUGUUGAGAGUGGGGAGAGUCCGCUCUCCCUCUCCAAAUGCUCUCACAUGGCCACGCGUAUAUAGCCUCUGCCAGGGAAGUCCUACUCACUGCCUUCUCGUGGCACUACUGUUGUUUACGAAAAGGAGAGGACGAAAAGCGAUUGUCUGGCGCUUUAACCGGAUCCCAAACCAAAUCAGUGGUGCACAUGGGCUCCAGUAUCCUGCGGGAAGAAAUGGCGUAUGAACCAAUUGUUGGUCACUGGCUUCCAUGGGACUGCAUCUCCUUACGAUGUUCCACCACCUUGUGGAUCAGACCUUCAGGUCGAAGGCUCGUAGGGUGGCCCUCCUAAGAAAACCACUUUCUUCGGUUUGGGCACCCGAGCAGUAUCACAGCCCUCACACAUAUCGAAUGAGAUUUGUGUGGCGCAUAUGUAUUUGGUGCCUCCUUGUACCAAUAUCUAUGUGUUAAAAUAAAAUAAAAUAAAUAAUUCCUUCUCUUGCAGUUUUAUCCACUGUCCUUGUUAGGUCUUCCACAUAUUUCUGCUUGUCAGCUCUAAUGCUCCUCCCCACUUGCUUGGCUGCUUCAGUGUAUUCAGCCUGUGCCUUAAAUUUCCCUGCUCUUGUUUGGUUGUUGUCAAUUGCUAUCUUCUUGUUCUUCCUUUCUUGAAUCUUCUCCGGGGUUUCGAUAGAGAUCCAUUCCUUAUGAUGUUGCUCGUUGCCGUCCAGCACCUGACACCUUGAAAUUAGUGCUUGAUUGAUCGCUUUCUAGUUGCCCGUCAUAGUAGUUCCCUCUUUCAGUAGAUCCUGUGAGGCUUGUCACCUGUUGUUGGUAGUUAUCUUGAAUUCGUUGAGUUUGUCAGUAUCUUGUAGGAAGGCUGUAUUGAACCUUUGUACUGCUGUUUCCCCAGCUGUCCAGUGUUUCUUUAGCUUCAGUUUCAUCUUGGCCACAGCAUGUAGAUGGCGAUCUGAAGCUAUGUCAGAUUCUCUCCUCCUUCUCACGUCUUCCAUUGACCUGAAUCUUUUAGUGGUGCAAAUAUGAUUGAUCUAGUUCUGUGUAGUGUGGUCCGGUGAUACCCAUGUAGCUUUGUGUAUACGUUUGUAUAGGAAUAUUGUGCCGCCUGUAACCAUUUUGUUGGAUGCACAGAUUUUCAAAUCUGUCGCUAUCCUCGUUUCUUUUUCCCAGUCCAUGCCGUCUGAUGAUAUCUUCAUAUCCGGUGUUGUCUAUUCCGACUUUGGCGUUUAGAUCUCCCAUCAGAAUGGUGAGGUCCUUUCUUCGGCACUUCUCUAUGAUUGAUUGCAGCCGCUCGUAGAAUUGAUCUUUAAUGUCGUCGUUGCUAUCAUUGGUGGGGGCAUAACAUUGGAUAAUAUUCAUUGUGAUCCCCUCCUUCUGUGUUUUGAAUGAUGCUCUGAUGAUUCUGGAUCCGUGAGAUUCCCAUCCUACAAGUGUAUUUCUUGCUACUCUGGACAGCAUUAGAGCAACUCCCUGAGUGUGUGUGGGACCGCAAGCUACUUUGCUCACCACUUUCAUGGAGUCAUCCAAAUCCAGCCAGUGCUCAUCUAUACUUUCCGGUGGGUUGAUAGUUUUCUCUGAACUUAGCUCGGCUUGAUAUUUAUUUACAACAGAAAUUGCAGCCAAUUUGCUGACAUCAAUCCGUUUAGGACGAUAAGUUUAUUGGCUAACUGAAACGUAAAUUAAGGUUGGCGCAAACAAAGGCAUGACCAGAGUCCAGAUAGGUACUCUAAAAGGAGUGUCAGUCUUGUACACAACCACACCAGCGUUAGCCGAUCACGAUGUGACCAAUCUGAGUCCAGGUUUGAGAUCCAGAGGGAGGACUCCAGGUAACACCGCUAUGACUAUUCCGGUAGUUAGUGCUAGCCAGGAACAGUUUGUAAUCUGCGAAAAGUUUCAGUAGAUGGUCAUCGUCAUCUGAUCUGCGACCAACAAGUCCCCAUCGGCCACCUAAACGACUCUCCUCUGUGCCUAGACGCCCGACCUGAACACUCAAGUCUCCGGCUAGUACUACAAUAUCUGUUGAACGCACUUUCUGUAGAAGAGCACUUAACUGGUGGCAGGAUUCAUCCUUGAUCGCAUCCGGGUUGCAAUGUGUCGGGACGUAAGUGGAAGUAACAAAAAGACAUCUUUCCUCACACCGACUUGUUAUUACUUUGCUGGGACCUUCUAAAUCUAACAACACAUUAUUGACUGUUAAUGGAGAUCCAAUCAAUCAGUGCUGCCUCAGCUCUAGCGCUCAGUGCGACCAGACGAAGAUGCGACAGGGUCCUUUGAUAAACGCAUGUGAAACAAGAUUUUAAAUGGGCAGAUGGAGAGCAAAUUCACUAGAGUUUUAAAUACAGGUAUAAUCUAUAUGGCAGUGGAGCAACGUUAGAUAAUGCAGUCUCAUGGUACCCGGUGAUCAAGAAUAGGUUUAUACUCCAUUUGUUCCCUCAGGUUCCCGGAACCCAUGUUUACCACUGAUUUUGAAUAAGGGCUUUCUAUCUCUUCGAGGCGCAUCCUCCGUGCCCACCAACCCGGUUUAAGCUUCGGCCAUUCACUUUGCAUCCUCUCAAUUUCGUCAACAACGCCGCCGCCAGAAGGAAAGUAAGACUACCCUGGAAGUGACAAUAUAGACGUCGUCAUAUGUGAGUACUGCGAGAGGGAGAGCGAACUUACUACUCUCUCCUGUGCCAGGACGUUCGAGGCUAGUCGUACAGAGGAAUUAAAACAGUUAUCACCAAUUGUCAGGUGGUGUAACAUUACCAAUCAAGUUCCUAAUUUCCAUUACAAUGGAUUCUAUCUCAGCGGUCUAAAGUUGUCAAGCUUACUCAGAGCUUCGUUUGUAGGAAGACACCAUAAGUGACUCAAGUUGAUAAAAGCUAAACGAACUUUAUCAACCUGUAAUAAAUUUUGCCAGAUACCAACUCACCACAGUUGAUGAGAUAUCCAUGUACUCAACAGCUACCUCUUAUCAUUGGUUUAGACGUUAACUAAGACCAGUUCUAAAGCAACAUCUUCCACUUAGAAUUAGAGAAAUGAAUCACAAUCACGCUUGUAUUGUUGCUCAAAGCUAUCAGAGGACUGCGUUUUCUAAAUCGCUAAAAAAUCUCUGAAAAGUUAUCUGUUUGUUAUAUCUAAAAGAGCCGUAAUGUAGGAUAAAGCAGGUAAGUGGCUCGUGAGGAAUAUUAACUUCUAAUCCUUUUAAUGGUUGCUAUUUUACGACACAUUUUUUAUUAUUCAAUCUUACCCACAUAGACCGGAAAUGAUCCCAACUUCAAAAUUACAAGAUCCAAUAGUUACCAAUCCUUCAGAAGUUAACCCUAUUAAUUCUUUAUCAAAUAUGCCUAAAAUGAAUCCUCAUGACACUUCCGUUGUUGUUAAUGCCAACAAUUAUUCUCAUAAAUUUAAAAGUUUACAUAAAACUGUUUAUUCAACUUGUACCAGUUCAAAUACUCAGAAUAAUAAAGAUACUGUCAGUGAUUAUCAUCAUCAACAACAACAUGGUCAUGAUAAGACGAUAAAUAAAACAAGUCAUACCGCUGUUGAUGAUGAAGAAGAUAAUAUGGAAGUAUCAGAUGGCGAAGAACCUUCUGAUAUAACAAAUCAAAGCAUACUGGAUAAAAAAGUAAAUCCAAAUGAUCAGUCUGAUGUAUGCUCACAACAAGAUAAAGAUUGGCGUAUAUUUACUGAAGUGAAAUGUAAUGUAAUGAAACCAAUAAACUGCGUAAGUUUUAUGUUUGUUUUUCCUGAUUAUCAAAGUUAUUGUCUAAUUGAAAGGUUUUGAUUGAGAUUAGUUUAAUUGUUUAUACGUUGUGUCCAUCACAGAUGAGUUAGGAACAACAGUAUAGCAUAAUAUAUUGUUUUGUAAAUCAUUGGAUGUGUGACGCGUCGUCGACUACUGAUGGUAUCUGUCCUUGUGUACUUUCUUUCAAAUUCAAACUGAGGUUGAUAAUGAUAAUACUACUACUACUACUAAUAAUAAUAAUAAUAAUAAUAAUGAUAAUAAUAAUAAUAAUAAUAAUAAGCUGAUUAUAGCGUAGUUACACUUAAAAGUUGUAUGAUUCUAUAAGAUUUUUUCGGAAACUGUAAUCAUCGUAAAUUAUUCCCAAAUUUCAUAAAUUGUGUUAAUCAAGUUGGUUUAUAGUAACGUAAUACAUUGAAUUAGUUUAGAUUGAGUCAUAAAGCUUGGCAAUUAAAAAUAAAUAAAGUAACGGAUUAGUUUUCCAACGAUUUCAGAAAGAAUUAAUGUGGUUGUUUCUUAUCAUAUUCAAUGAGACCGUGGUUUACACCACGGGUUGACCUUAGUUCGACAGCUACUAAAAAUCCGAGAAAACUGGACAGUUCUUUCGUCCUAGUAUGCAACUCCUCAGCAUUAUAUGUCCAUGACCACUAAUUUGUCUGUUCAUAACGACUUCUAUUCAGUAUGAACAAGAUACCGUUCCCUUACGGCCUUUCUGACUUUUUUUCAUAGCUAACUGGAACAGCAUCUGAUAAUAAUCCUACAACUCCUACCAUUUCGCCCAACAAUCCAGUAGUAGGCUUGACUGUGCCAUCUGAAUCUUUUAUGCAACCAACUCCACCACGGCCGCCUACGUCUGUACGUAUUCCUCCUCCUCCGGCGCCUCCACCAUUUGUUGUUGGGGGAUUAGAUAGUCAACAUUCUUUCAGUCCACCACCUCCCCUUCCUUCAACAUUAAAUGAACUAGCUUACCAUCAGCAUCAUAUCUUACCUGUGACCAAAUCCGACUCAUUCAUUCCACAACCUCCAGCACCACCACCAAUGUUAUUGAAUUUGAAACAGAUCAAUACGACUAUUACUAGUAGUGCUAGUAGCAACAGUAGUAGUGAGUUGACAAAAUCUUCUGAACAAUCAUCUGUCAAUUCUUGUGAAAUUAUCCAGUCGGAAAAAUUAUCCGCUAUUGAUAUAUUAAAAAAUCUAUGUCAAUCAUCAUCUUUACAAUCGUCAAAAUCAUCUUCCUCCUCAUCGUCGUUGUUAUCAUCAUCGUCAUCAUUCAAUUUUUCUUCUAAUGUUAUGACAACAUCAAUUUCUUCAUUUAUUUCUCCUUUUUCAUCUAUACCACUGUCAAUAUCCACAUCAUCAUCAUUAUCUACUGAGAAUGAUAUUACUUCUUCAUUGUCUAAUAGUAAUAUUCCAUUAUUAUCACCUAAUAAUAUUCAACAAGAUAUAAUAAUGAAUUCAUUAAAUUCUAUUAAAAAUCUACCCAUUUCAACUUCUUCUUCUUCAUCAUCAUCAUCAUCUUGUGAGACAAAUAUUCAUCAAAAUGUAAAUAAGAAAAUGAUAGAAGAUCCAUUUGCUGUUAUUUCUCGUUUAACUGGACUAUCAAAUUUAAUGAAAAACAUCCCAGCACAAUCGAAUCCUAUUACACUGUCAGUUACUUCCCCUGUUCCAUCCAGUAACCCUGUUCUGGAAUCUUUUCAUGAUACAAUUAUUUCUACUAGUACUACUAUCACAACAACAACAACUGCUGCCACUGAUUUAUGUUGGAAAACUAACCACCUAAUGAAUGAUCCAUUGUUAUUGUCAUCUACCAAUAAUGAUUUUAAAUCAAUAGAUUGCGUUCAAGAAGCAAUAACGACCAAUGCAACAAUAGCAACAACAACGAAUGUUUCUAAUAAUUCAUAUAUACCAUGUGUCAAACGAUCCAGAUUUUCAGAUGCUAUCAAUAUUGAAGAUAACAGUAAAACAAAUGUUCCAUCAUCAACCACCAAUGCAUUAUCUACUACUAAUGUGACUAUUUUAUCUUGUACUACUCCUACGACCACAACGACUAUCUCAUCAUCGUCUACCAGUUCUGAUCUACUACGUUGUUCGAUCGAUAAAAAAUCAUCAUCAUCUGUUUCUAAAACUUCAAUAAAUAAUGACAAUGAAAAACAAUCGAAAUUCUCUGAUUUUGAUAAAAUUAACUCUAUGAAUAGUAGUAAUGAUAGUGAUAGUUCUCCAGGCGGUGGUGAUACACCUACUUUAGAUGAAAGACAAGAUGAUUUAUUAUUAUCGGGUAAUAAUGAUAAAGAUCAAUCUCUGAUAUCAUUUCAUCCGUUUGGUACACCAGCAUCAAGUUUAGCGGAUUUUUUAAUUCCCAAUUCAUGUCAUGGAACGGAUCCAAAAUCUUUUCUGUCAAAUAUUCCUCAUAGUAUCGUUUCACAGACUUCAAUUACUCCUUCUCCUAUUCCAUCAUUAACAUCUGGAUAUAGAUUACCAUUUUGUAAUCUUUCAAAUUCUAUGAACAAUACUACUUCAAUUCCUGUUGUCAAUUCAAUGAAUAUACCUUCAACACAAUUAUCAAUGAUCCAACCAACUGUACUAACAGCGAAUAAUAAUCCUAACAUGCCUAUAACGAAUUCACAGGUAGCUCCUGGACUAACUCAUUCAAAUAUGAUGUUUUAUGAUCCAAUGACAAGAAUGCCUAUUACUCCUAGACCAUUAGUACCUGGACCUUUUAUGAUAUCACCUCAGCAAACACGUUCAAUAGCAACAGUUCCAGCACAGAAUAAUUUACAAUUACCAACUACACUAUUUCGUGGACAGAAUUGGUCACAAUCGUUAGUCAAUCAAACAACAUCGUUACAACGUCCUCCAUCUAAUGAUUUUUGGGCACUGAUGAGUACAGUUCCCCCACCUCCUCCUCCGCCUCCACCACCACCACCACAACAACCUUCAACUCUAUCCCAACUGCCUACACUUUCACCAUUUAAUCCAACUCAAAUACGUCAACCAUUAAUUGGAGGGAUGUUGCUUAAUCCAAAUUCAUGGAUGUUCUCUUCAACUAAUCGAGAUCAAAAAAAAUAAUAUGAAUUACAUCGGAUAGUACUUCCCAUCUUCAUUCUGUUGUUUAUAUAUUUAUAUCUUCUAUGGAUUAUCCAUUCAAAAUAUGAUAUACAUUAUACUUUACGUAUCAUUAUUUUCAACAUUGUACAGGAAAACAAUUCAUAUGACAAUCAGAUUCCAAACAAAACAAUUUACAUCAUAAUUACCAUAGUAUUCAACAAUUCCUAAUUAUUAUUGACCACAACUAACAAAUGUAUAUUUUGAUGAUUGUGUUCUUUUCUUUUUAUGAACCAAAAACAAAUUAUCUAAUCUUAGUUUUAAAAUAAUACAUGUAUAUGAGAUGAGUAGGGGUGUGUAUGUGUGUGUGUGUGAGUGUCUGUUUGUAUCCAUGUGAGAUAAUCAAUUUCACUUGGAAUUUUAAUAGUUUCCUACUUAAAAGUCCACUUUUUUUUAUAAAAAAAAAAGAGACAAACAAUAUAUAUGAAUGAAUAUAUAAAUAUAUGUGUGUUUGUGAGUGAACUCUUUCACAUGUUUUUUUUUCUUGUACAUUGUCAAAGCUUUUAAAAUGUAUUUUAUAUUAUGUGACCUUGUUUUUUGUAGUUUUGCAAGUGUUAUCUACAAUGAAUAUUAAUAUUGUUCUCAGGACAAUGAUGGUCAUGAUAGAAAAAUUAAGGUUCGAAUUAUAUUUUCCGUUCAUACUACUUACGACAAUGAUGGUAAAUCAGUUGAUGAAGUUGUGAAUCUUCAUCGACUGAGAUGGUUGGGCCACGUGUUCCGUAUGCCUGAACACCGAUUACCACGACGCGCCAUGUUGUCUAGUGUUGAAAAUGGUUAGAAGAAAGUUAGGGGCGGCCAAACCAAAACGUGGCAUCAGUGCUUGAAGACACUAACUCCUAGUCUGAGUCAUGUUGGUAGAUGCAGACUACUUGUUUGGGGUUCGCGUGACUAUCGUAACCAAUGGUUGGAGACUGUGGGUGACAUGGCUCAGAAUCGAUCAACAAUGGAGUAGGUGUAUACACCCUCUGUCUUACCUUAAACUAUGAGAUUAAAAUUGCUCCAUAUCUUUCUUUCCACAAACGGAUUAUUUCUUCCUGUACUAUUCAACUCUGUCCUGGCAAUCCUUUUCAUGUCUGCUUCCGAUUCACGACAAAAUAUAUUUUGAUCUACCUCUUCUCCGUUUCCCUUUAUGAUACCAAGUUAACACUUGCUUCAUUACUUGUCUGUAAUUUAUUUUUCUCUGAAUAUAAAUAUUGAGUCACGCUUGAUCAAAGCGAGUUGGUUCACUAGCCUUAUCUGCGCAACACUUUGUUUCUCUGAUUGUCUGUCUAGAUCAAUGAGUGUAUGAAUUAUACG